AUGCUGAAAAUACUACAAGAGAAGAGGGAGUUACUAGAACAGAUCAAGGCAGAUAUUCUUGAAGGAUUAAAGGAAGAAGAAGAGAUACAAACAGAAAUACAGGACUCAGAUGAGUGUAUGUUAGACUUAAGGCUGAAAUUAAGAGAAUUAAUGAAGGAUACAUUGCCUGAACAGACUCAGUUUAUGUUAAGUCAAACUUUCAUGGAUUGCUUUGAAACAAGCGAUCAUAGCAACAACAGCCUGUCCGAUGUUGAGAAAUUCAACUACCUUAGAUCAUUGCUUUGUGGGGAGGCUCUUAAAAUUAUUUCAGAAUUUGCUCUUACAAAUUCCAAUUACAGACAAGCCUUGGAUGUUUUAUCGGAGAGAUACGGUCAAACCCACAAAUUAACCAAUGCGUACAUGAAGAAGCUGAUGGACCUUCCAGGUCCAAAUAGUAAUCCAAAUAAACUACCACAAGAAUUCCUCCAAGAGAUCACUCGGCAAAAAGGAGAUGACCACUGGGAUAUAAAUACGCUCUGCAAAUCAAUCAAAAGGGAACUAUCAGUGUACGAGAUAACUGACUUCAAUGAUUACAGUGAACCAAAGAUCACCUCAAGUUUCAUAACCAGAGCCAAUGCAAAGAAGAUGUCAGGAAUCGUUACACAGAGAAAAGGAGACCAAAUGGAGAAAAAAUUGUGCAUUUUUUGCAAUGAAGACCACAGUCCAAUCAACUGUAACAUUGAACACAACAGGAAACUGGAGAAAAUCAAGAAGGACAAGUUGUGUUUUAAUUGCCUAGGUCGACACAAAGUGGCAGACUGUAAAUCCAAGAAAACAUGCAAAAAGUGUAAUCGACAUCACCACACUAGCAUAUGUACAAGACAGGAGAAUGCAGUAGAAGUAUACGAGCAACAACAGAAAGCCAAAGUGUCCAUAACCCCAUCAAGUGUUCUCAGUCUACAUUCAACUUCAUUCAGAUCUUUCCAAGUUCUUUUCAAGACAGCUGUUGCAGAGGUACAGUCCGCUAAUGGAACAGAAUGUCAGGCAAACAUCAUGUUCGAUGAGGGAUCACAACGAUCAUUUAUCAACCAAAAAUUAGCAUCUCAGCUUCAGCUUGAGGUUAUCGGAAAAGAAGUGAUCAAUGCUGCUGGAUUUGGAUCAAAGAAAACAGAGUUGUGUCACUUAGAUAGAGUACAACUGAGCAUCAUUGGGGAGAGAAAUCAGCACAUACCAACAGACGUAUUCGUUGUUCCACAGAUUGGUGUUCCAAUUUAA